AUGCUAAAAAGUAUACGCAAAGGGAGCUCACUAGCCCACGAUUUGAGCUUGACCGUUAAUAACCCUCGCUACAGUGAUAUCCGUAUAUUAUGUCAGAAUGGUGUCUUAUACGGAUGUCGAACUAUUUUAGCAGCCCGCUCCGACAUAUUUGAUCGAAUAUUAUUCACUGGAAAUAGAGAUCCAUGCCCCACGGAAAUAUCUUUUCCAGAUAUCAAUUCAUCCGCCAUGAAAGCAGUGCUUGAAUUUAUUUAUACCGGAAGCAUUCGUGAGGAGACUUUAUUCAAACCAUCGGAGGCAAUCGAAAUCUACUAUGCGGCCGAUUACUUUCUUUUACCCGAUUUACAAGAUAAUAUUCUAAAAUUAAUCGAAGAAUCUCUUAAGGAGAAUGAAUACGGGCUCGCAGUAAAACUUUUAAACAAAACCAUCAAAAAAAUGCCUCUUUCUCAAGAUAAUAAUUUGCUUGCGCUUUUAACAACAUACAUUGCUGCAAUACCGCUCGAUUCUUUUCCUUUUGAAUACUUUACGAUGGAAAAUCUUCGAGUUCUAUUGUCUAUGACAUUGAACAGUGAGACAUAUUUUGCCACGCCUGAAUACGAGGUUUUCCGAUACAUAAUUCUCUGGGGGGCAAGCCAAAUUUCAGAAGAAGCGAUAAGCAUUUUCGAAUCUCGCUUACCCGCUUUAGAAAUCGCGGAACAACAAAUCUUAUUCCCUCAAGAAUUCUUUCCAAAUCAACAAGAAGCGGCGAAAUACUAUGAAAUCCGAUCAUUAGUACUCCAGAUUGCCUCGCCAGUGCUCGCUUAUGUCAAUUUUUCUUUAAUUAAACCAAACAUCCUCGCGAAUGUAAUACAUCCACUAGGAAUUAUACCACCCCCAGCACUUUUUGAGGCAUAUCAAUUCCAUGCCGGAUUGAACAAUAACUCGAUAACUAGAAGAGGCGGGAUUUCGUGCAGAAUUGACGAUUUACGCUGGGAUAAUAUGGCAUGCGGACCGAAUAUUGAGAUACGAGACUAUGGAACUCGAGUGCUUUGUGCGAAUAGCACAACUGUUGAAUCCGUUCGUGGUGUAAACCUACUUUGGGGCAACGGCAUGUACGAAUGGGACGUCGUUGUCGAAGAAAAAAGCAGAUGUGCCUGGAUAGGUGUCUGCGGUGAAGGUGUUAACUUUUCCUCGUACUUAGGUCGCCAAGAAAAUAUUUAUGUAUUUAGUUCAGAUGGUCAAAUUUGGAACUCUAGAAAGUCGCAGAAAUAUGGUUCCACAUUUGGAAAAGGUUCUACGAUCACUGUACACCUAGACAUGACCAAACGUACAUGCGCAUUCUCGAUUGACAGGGUUCGAUAUCCUGUCGCAUGGUCCAAUUUACCUGAAAAAUUGUACCCCGCUGCGGCCAUUUGGAAGUUUGGGCGGUUGCGAAUUAAACCGCACGUCUGA